AUGAGCGGACCUCUUUCUGGUAUUCGCGUUCUCGAUCUGACGAGUGUGAUCAUGGGCCCAUAUGCCAGCCAGCAGUUGGCUGACUUGGGUGCAGAUGUGAUCAAGGUCGAACCGCCUGGCGGGGACGUGAUGCGUCAAGCCGGCCCUAUGCGAAAUCCUGGCAUGGGCCACUUCUACCUGACGACCAACCGCAACAAGCGCUCCAUCGUUCUCGACCUCAAGAAGCCUUCAGGUCGCGACGCGCUGCUGCACAUGGCAGCCAGCUCAGAUGUGCUGCUCUACAACAUCCGGCCGCAGGCUAUGGCUCGCCUGGGCCUCGGGUACGAAGACCUGAAGAAGGUGUCUCCGAAGAUCGUCUACGCUGGGGCCUACGGAUUCAGUCAGCGUGGCCCCUACGCCGCAAAACCCGCCUACGACGAUCUCAUCCAAGGCAUGUGCGGCAUCCCUUGGCUUACGGGGCAGGCCACUGGAGAGACGCCCCGGUAUGCCCCAAUGGUAUUGGUCGACCGCGUGGUCGGUCUGCAACUGUGCAACGCCAUCACCGCUGCACUGUUCUAUCGCGAGCGUUCCGGCAUUGGACAGCGGAUUGAUGUGCCCAUGUUUGAAGGCAUGCUUUCCAUAGUGCUUGGUGAGCACCUUGCCGGGCACCUCUAUAGACCGUCGACGGGACCUUCCGGAUAUCAACGAAGUCUCGCACGUGAUCGCCGACCCUACGAGACAAGCGAUGGCCAUAUCUGCGUCCUGGUGUACAACGACAAGCAUUGGUGUAGCUUCUUCGAUGCCAUUGGCAAGUCCGAGGUAUUCGCGCAGGACGUGCGCUUCAGCAGCCAGGGCAAGCGCCUCGAGCACAUUGACCACGUCUACGGCUUUCUCGGCGAAAUCUUUCGAACACGGAGCACUGGGGAGUGGCUUGCGCUACUGGAGCACGCAGAUAUUCCCGCAGCACGCAUGUACAGCAUUGACGACAUCCUGGCCGACCCUCAUCUUGCGGAAACCGGAUACAUCCAGCAGGUCACUCAUCCAAGCGAAGGGGAAAUGCUAGACGUAAGCAUCCCUACUGAGUGGUCGCACUCAGUGCCGGAAAAGAGGCACCAUGCACCCAAAUUGGGGGAGAACACGGUGGAACUGUUGCGUGAAUUUGGCUAUUCCGACGAAGACAUCCGAGCGUUGUUGUCUGAGGCAGCGGUUCAACAAUGA